AUCGACAAACACUGACGGUUCUCUGGCGAUUCCAAAAACAACAUGUCGCAAUCCUUCGUGCAACUAACCACCGAACAACUGCAGUCACUGCUCGAUUCGGUGCGUUUAGCAGCCGUUGCCGCGGCCAAUUGUGCCGCCCCAGCAACAGUGAAAAUGAAGGGCACCUUCGUGUAUUGCAAUAGUCGCCUCGGUGAUCAACAUGAUUACGAUUAUGUUCAGGAGUUUAUAUCAGCGGUACUCGCCUACAAAGAUAUGGAAUCGAUCAGCGACGAGGACGCGCUGAAAAGUAUUGCAAUUCUUUUCUACAGUGAGGCAGCGAUAUGGUGGCAAGGUGUGCGUAAAGAGGUACAAACUUGGAAUGAGGCCAUCCCAUUGAUUCGUGAACACUAUGCGCCUGCAAAGGACGCUUACCAAAUUUAUAUUGAGAUUUUCGAAGAAAAACAGGAUGAUGUAACUAAGAUGAGUACCUUUGUGAGUCGAAAGCGUGCACUACUCGCACAAUUGCCAGAGAAUCGUCACGACGAGGAGACGCAGUUGGACAUGGUCUAUCCUUUGUUGAAUAUCAAAUAUCGCCGCGGAUUAUUAAGACAGGAUAUUCGUACAUUUCGCGAAUUGCUCGAACGUGGACGUAUUAUUGAACACAACUUUAGUCAAUCCGAAAAAGAGGAGCAGAAUAUUAAAAAACACACAAAAGACUGAAAUAAACAAAAUUUUGAUUAUUGGAAUACGAUUCGGUAACCAAAUUAGAAUAAAUGAAUUUUUUUCAAAGAACCUGGACUUUGCUUU